UUAAAACCAUAGAAGAAGAGCUGGCGGUGAUGGAAAACAAAACGACGUUUAGAAUUUCGCUCUCAAAUCGUCGCUUAUUUAUUUAAUUUUGCCAUUAUUUAACCACGUUCUGCCUGAGUUCAUCCCGACGCCACGCUCCCGGAGCAGCUCCCUGGCUUGAUUUGCGUUUCGGGCGUUUUAAUUGACAGAGUAACGCAUUAUACCCGCUGUUAGCCGGUUAGCUUAGCCUGUUUGACGUCGCUGUAAUUCGGAGCCGCUCAGCCUGAGAUCUCACCUCACGGACACCCAGAAACAUGUCGGACGAUUACGAGUUCACCGACGACCCGAGCAUGAUGAGGAUGGAGGAGGACGGGGAGGCGAACAGCGACGACCCCAUGUCAGCGGCGGGGGACGGCGGCCUGAGCGGGGGGGAGGCCGAGGGCUCCAGGAUCGAUGCCAGCAAGAACGAGGAGGACGAGGGGAAGAUGUUUGUGGGCGGGCUCAGCUGGGACACCACCAAGAAGGACCUGAAGGACUACUUCUCUAAGUUCGGCGAGGUGGUGGACUGCACGCUGAAGCUGGACCCCAUGACCGGCCGGUCCCGGGGCUUCGGCUUCGUGCUCUUCAAGGAGCCCGAGAGCGUGGAGAAGGUCGCCUCGCAGAAGGAGCACAAGCUCAACGGGAAGGUGAUCGACCCGAAGAAGGCCAAGGCCAUGAAGAGCAAGGAGCCGGUGAAGAAGAUCUUUGUGGGCGGUCUCUCUCCGGACACCCCGGAGGAGAAGGUCCGCGAGUACUUUGGUGCCUUCGGAGAGGUGGAGUCCAUCGAGCUGCCGAUGGAGAACAAAACCAACAAACGCCGAGGCUUCUGCUUCAUCACCUUCAAAGAGGAGGAGCCGGUCAAGCAGAUCAUGGAGAAGAAGUAUCACAACAUCGGCCUGAGCAAGUGUGAAAUAAAGGUGGCCAUGUCCAAGGAGCAGUACCAGCAGCAGCAGUACUGGGGGGGCCGGGGGGGCUACUCGUCCAGGUCCAGAGGAAGAGGCGGCGGUCCCAAUCAGAACUGGAACCAGGGUUACGGGAACUACUGGAACCAAGGCUAUGGGAACUACGGCAACUAUGGUUACGGUAACCAAGGUUACGGAGGCUACGGCGGCUACGACUACUCCGGUUACAACAACUAUUAUGGCUACGGCGACUACGACAAUCAAUCGGGCGGAUACGGGAAGUCUCCGCGGCGUGGUGGUCACACCAACAGCUACAAGCCGUACUAGCCCCUCCCCCCACCGCAGCAGGUACGCCUCCCCACACAGGCUCCGCCCACUCCACCCUUACCGUAGCUUUAUUUACUCUGUUUGGUAACUUUUUGGUAAAGGUCUUUUGACAGUAGUGGUAACAUGGAGGCUGCGGGGGCCGCCGCGUUAACCCUUUGCGGGGGCGGGGCAGGACAGCUCCGCCCACUGGGACGAUGAGUUCAUGAACAUCAGGGAAAAAUCAAAACAAACACAUCAGAACAAAUUUAAGCUGUAAAUCCUGAAUGAAGUGGUUUUAUUCCCUUCUGGAGCCGCUGAGAUGAUCAACAGCUGCUGGUUUUCACGGUCCUGACCUGAAACGCGUCGGCGGUCGAUGUUUCACAGUGAAGGGUUAACAGCCGGCCUCCCGCCGCCUCUUUUACAACCUUCUCCGUUUCUGUUUCUUUCUUUUUUUGUUUUGGUUUGUCUUAUUUUGAAAGUGUAAAGCUAACAGGUAAAGUACAAGUGUAAAGAGAGAGGAUGUUGCCGGGAAAAGCGAAGUGCUGUUGUCUCCUAACUCUGACAUACCUUGUUUGUACCUGCCAGCGGAGCUUCCUUGCAGGCCUGAGCUGAUCUCCCAGAUACUGUCAGGGCCGCUCAAUGCGGACCGGGUACGAGAAGCAUACGCUCUCGAAUGCCGCCAUUUGGUAUGGUCUUACAACAUCCUGUAUCAGCAUUUCUCAGAAAAGACAGAAAAAACUACUGAACAAAGCAGAAAACAAACGUCCAGCUUGGUCAUCUUUCUUUCCAUUUGUUUUUUAAUUUCUUUGCAACUGUCUGUAAUGUAAAAGUUAAAUUCUACACAUGUAAUUGUGAUUUUUUCCAGGCCCUUACUCCCCCACAAGUAACCUUUUUGUUAAAGCUGUAAAAGUUGGAUUAACUAUUUGCUCUUCGAAGGAAACGUACAGCUACAGCUUUCUCUGGACUUUCCCCACCUUAACGCACACACUGCACUGCUAAUCUUUAAUGUUAAUGCCUGUUUCUUCACUCAGUUCGUAUUCGGACUCUACUGUGUUGGGGGAUAAAGUGUCAACGUGUCCUGUUGUUGACAGCCGGGGAAAACAACAACAACAACAACAGCCAAAAACAAACAAUCACACCUUUUCUUAACAAAGGUUUCCUGUAAAACCAGAAGAAAUCACCACAUUUCCAGAAAUUUGCAUGUACUGUUUUCCUUUAAUGUGUAUCUAUUGAUUAAUUUUGAUUGGUUUUGGGUUGAUUUUGAUCAAUCUUAAGGUUUUCCUAUCUGACUUCAAGGAGUUAAACUGUAAAAGUUUCUUUUUUCCUUAUUCUUUUUGACUACAUUGGACAUUUAGGGGAUUCCUAUUGUGUGAGUGUGUGUGUGUGUGUGUCUGGGAGUGUUGUGUGGUUGUGUGUGGUGUGUGGAGGUGUGUAUAUGUGUGUGUGGUCUGACGGUGCUUCUCCCGGUUUGUUUCCUGCAGGUUUCAGAGCGACGGCAGCGGGCUGGGCGCUCUGGUGGAGCCGCAGAGACCAUGAACUCCAGCGAGGUCACUUAGCUCAGACCCCCCAGAACCUUAACCCCCCCCCAGAACCUUAACCCCCCCAGUACUUUAACCCCCUCCACACUCAGUGCCCCCCACCCCCUUCUUUUCUAUUUAAGCUUCUCUCUCGUGUCUUCGUUUCUCCCUCAUCGUGUUCAGAACAAACCACACGUUUUCAGCCCAGUUCAGUAGAAAAAGAUUUGUUUUUUUUGUUUUUCUUUUGGUUUUUGAUUGUUUUGUUUUUUUUAAUCCUGUUCUUCAUCAGUCAUAGAAAACAUGUCGUUACAGUCAGAAACUCAACGUACAGACGGUGUUCGGGACUUUAAAUAAAAAGGUGAUGCGCUCUCAU